CCCAUCCAGCCUCUCGCCUCUCUCUCCCGUCUGCUGUCUGCAGCAGCCUCCCGCCUGACCCGCUCUAUCGGCCUUACGGGCACACAUCACACACACACACACCCCACUCAUUCACCGACCAAAAUGCCUCACUCACUCAUCAAUCAAACACACAAGACAAGACACUGACAAGGCAAGACAAGACCCACGCACAGUGUUGCGAUUGAUUGAGCUAGCUAACGUACGUACAGGCCACGCACCGCACUGGUCGGUCAUGAAGACGGCACGGUCACCUGUCCAGUCCCGUUGACGAGCUGCCCACCUUCCCCGCCCAGCCCGUAGUUGCGCGUGAGGGAGUCGCGGAUGGGCGGCUCCAUCCCAUUCAGCAUGGUCGUCCAGGCGGCCGCAUCCACCUGCUGCCGAAGAGCUGCAGUCAGUGCAGUCAGGUCAGAGCCAAGAGAGAGAGGGAUGGGUGAGUGUGAUGAUCUCCACUCCGUGUGUGUGUGUGUGUGUGUGUUAUGGGGGGUUGGUUGCACCUGUGAUGACUUCGUGGAAGAGUUGCGCGAGGUUCUUUGGAGGGUUUGGGAUGGACGCCAGCGAGUGGAGUAGCACAGGAAUGUCCUUCAUGGCCACGCUCGGGUUGGCCUUGAUCAAGGCGUACAGACCUGCACACACACACACACACAGAUACACACACGGGGGGAUGGAUGGAUGGAUGGAUGUGUGUGUGUGGGUCCCUCUGCCACCAGGUCCCUACCGUGGAAUGCGUUCAUCUUUUCGUGGUCGUUCCUGGCGUAGAUCAUGAUGAAGCACCAGCGGCUGUAGAACUGCUCCAGGUGAACCGCCACCUUAGCAGUGCACACCAACCCCAAUCGGCCCUGCACACACACACACACACGUCUCUCUCUGUGCUCUGUGCGGGGCGCCCAUCCGUCCGUCCCGCAUCACAUACGCUGUCUGUCUGCCUGUCUGUCCGACCAGUGUGAUGCAUCCGUUCUGGAGCAGCGAUCUGUGAAGGUUUUCCCUUCUGACGACGGUGAUGAGCUGAGCGGUGAUCUGGUCGACGUAGGGGCUCAUGAUGUCGCCCCCGCCGUGGACGGCGAUCUCUCCUAUCGCCCAGCUGGCGUUGUUGCACACAGACACAGCCGAGUGCACCAGGUGCUGCGUCAGCUGACACACACACACACACACCACACCACACACACAGAGGCAAUGCGUCCCCCUCUCUCUGUCUGUGUGGUGCGGGUGUGGGUGUGGCGGGGGGCGCUUGGUGACUGCCUUACCUCUGGCAUGAUUUGUGGGAGGUAUGGUUUGAGCUGCUCCAUGGCGCGGCCGGAGACGUCGCCCACCAGGGCGAAUGACGACUGCUUCACCUGCAUGUUAGAAUCCUGGACAGGGGAGGGACAACACGGCGUCGUGUGGUGUGGUGUGGUGUGGUGUGUUGCUCGGCUUGAUCUGAUCUCGGGUCUCCACCCACCUGGCAGCACCGUGCGAGCAGUGGGAUGAAGUCGUGUGUCUGCAGCAGCUGCGGGGUCUUCUUGUCCAGAGCCUCCACCACCGCCCCCAACGCGUCCAACGCCGCGCCCAACAUAUCUCGACGCGGGCGCUCACUCUGCACACACACACACACACACACACACACAUGGAUGCACUCCAGUGCACCGCAACCCUUGUGUGUGUGCGCAUGGAAGCUGACCAUUGCCUGUGUGGCGGAUUUGUCGAUUUCGUCAAGUACGCAGUUGGUUGUCCGGAUGCAGCGGACGAUGAAGGGCUCCAUGUAGGGGAUGAAGUCCUCCCCCAGUGCGUGGCUGACGGCCGUGAGGCACUCGAAUAUCGGGAUCAGCUGCACGUCGUGGUCGGUGGCCUGGGACAGCCGGUGAAUCAGUGGCGGGAUCAGCGCCUACGGCAUCCACGCCAGGAUGCACACACACACACAAGGUACCUUCCUGGCUGUCCAGUCUAUGCAGUGUUCCCUCUCUCGCGAGAGAUCUCCCUCGGCGGUUGUUUGGACCUCGAUCUCACCUCAAUGUACUGUUUUUGCCUGAGGUAGCUGCCCACUGCCUCCGCAAGAGUGCCGAUCGCGUCAUAAAGAAUCAGCACAUUCCGGGCCUACCAACCAACCAACCACACACACACACACACGGUCACACAGACGAACACCAGAGGGAGAGGGGAGAGGGCAGAGGACGCGCCCGCCCUUGCUGACCUGGUAGAUGUUGAAUGCGGCGACAAGGGUGUUAAUGAUGUCCUGCAGGUAUGGCACGAGGAGGUCGCGCGCCUCCUCCUCCAGCGUGGCGAACGCGCUGCACGCCGCCUCCUGCACACGCUUGUUCCGGUCACUCAUGUGGCUCAAGAUCUAUGGACACGGCAACACACACAAGGGAGACACACACACACACACACACAGAUGGGUGGCGGGGCCGGGCCGGGGCGGGGCGGGGCCGGGUUGGCCAAAUCACCCUCUCUCUCAGUCUGUUGCCUCUCACCUCUGCCAGGACGGUCUUGAAGUAUCUGUCUCGGUUGGGCUUGUCGCAGAUCCACACAGAGAACCGGGAAAUGCACCAACACGAUAUCGUCCGAAUCAAAGGCUACAACCACACACAGAGAGAACACACACAGACCAAGCACAGCAAUCCGCACAUCGAUGUGUGUGUAUGGUUUGAGGGCGUGUGUGUGUCCGUGAGGUCUGGGGGCGAGCUUGCCUUCGGUUCUCUCGUGAGAGUGAGGAGGAGCUCGAUGACCUUUGGCAGGAACUGGUUGAGCCCGGCCAUGCAGCCCUGGGCUAUCGCGCCAAGACACAGCACAGCGCUCUCCCGCACAUCCCAACUCUCUGCCCGCAACCGCUCCUAUCACACACACAUACACACACACACACACUCAUCAACUUUUGCUUUGUCUCCUCUCCCUGUGUGUGUGUGAGAUGUGUGUAGGUCCACCCACCUACCUCUAUCGGCCCGAGUAGCUGGGGCAGAAUGCUGACGCCGUAGUGGGUGCUGAGGUGGUCUAGCGCCAGUGCAGCCGACUUGCGCACCGUCCAGUCGCCGCCCCAUGCCCCCCGCUGCGUAUCGUCGCCCUCGUCCUCGUCAACACUCUCCUGAUGACACACCAACCAGUGUGUGUGUGUGUGUGUGUGUAUGGGCGUCUUACUUGGCCUGCUCUCGGGUGUGACUGGUGGAAUCUGGGUCCGAUGUCGUGGGCCUCGUCGGGGACGGCGGUGUUGUCGUCCUCGAUCUGACUCACAUCCAUCGCCAGGUAGUCCCAUUCGGUGUAGACCGUGUGGCGCAGCAGCACCGGGAUCAGCCUGAUAAACACGACAUCACACAAAUCAAAUCAGCGGAUGAUGCAAUCACACGGGCGGGUGUGAUUGCCGAACCACCCUACUUACUUUGGGAGGAACCUGGCGAGCUCGUUCCUGCAUUGGUCGUGUUGGAUGACGGGUUGCCAGAACUCCAUGGCCUCCAUCCUGAGGUUGUACGACUCGCUGUCGCUGCACCCUAUCAUGAACUCCAGCACCGCAUCCACCGCAGUCAGUAUCAGCUGCACACACACACACACAGACACACACAGACCAUCCCUCCCUCCCUCCCUCCCCACUGCAGCCACACCACACUCACGCAGCUCACCUCCAUGUUGGUGUCGGCGAGGGAUCCAAACCCCGUGCACACCAGCCGCUUAAUGUUGGGGUCAGGGUCUGUCGCCAGCUGCCCCAGCGCCUCCCAGUAGCUCCGCAGCGACCCGUGGAACGGCUCCCCCACGUCGAAUGCCCGGUGGUUGGCGAAGUAGUUGAGGCACUGGAUGGCGUACUUGCGGCACACGGGCCUGGCGCCGGCCUGGCAGAAGGCGAACAGCUUCGGGAACAGGUGGUGGGCCACGAACGACUGGAAGUCGGUGUCGUGCAGGUAGCGCAGGCCGUCGGUCUCGUCCUCGCAGACCUUGCAUAACGCCGAGAAAGAACUGCACCCACACGCACACGCCCAUGCGCCGCAGCCACGUGGUGUGGUGUGGUGUGGUGUGUCUGCCUGCGUGUGUGUGGUGUGGUGUGGUGUGGUGUGCCCACCCGUCGACGAUGUCAUCGUUCGCGUCGUCGAGGCUUGCGAGGAGCGCCGUGAGGGCCUCGGGCCACCCACCGGCACCACCGGCCAUGAUGAUGGUCGUUAUCGCAGAACCUGCACACACACACACACACUCACGGGACAGAUAUGGCAGACCUCUUCCCCAGUCUGUCUGCCUGUCUGCCUGUCGGUCUGGCUGACCUACCUGCAGUGGACCGAAUAGACCUGUUAGGGUCCCUGAUGACGGCAAGCAGCUUGGCCUUGAUAUCUGCCAGCCUGUUGGGCGGCAGCGACGCCCAGUCGCUCCUGACUCGGUUCUUGAGCAUCAGCCCGACCCGCUGCCGCACAUCGGGGCUCUCCUCGGGCAUCAUGGCGAAGAUGUGACCCAGGUAGUUGAGCGCAUCCGGCAGGGCGAAGAACUCAUUCAGGUGCGCGUUGAUCUGCUGCUGCACCGCGGUGUCCGGGGUGGAGGCCUGGCGCAUCAGCUGCACCAGGGUGGACAGGUGCUGCGGGUUCGGCUGCCACGCCAUAAGAGAUAGGUGUGGGCAGGGAGGGAGGGACGCCUGAUUGUCAGUCAACCAAUGGUAGUGACGCCGACCGGGAGAUCUGGCGGCAAAGAUGUGCCGUGAUCUCAGCUAUCGAGGUGACAUCUAGCAGCACACUGCACACCCGGGUUCUCU